UACCCUUGUCCAUUAUGUUUGUUGAUCACAGACUUGCGCCUUCUGUGUCAUUUCAACGUCCUGGCACUUCGCCAUAUCUGGAAUACCUCUCCCCGGGUUAUAUGAAAAAAUUGCUGACUUGUCAAAAACUGACGGACUAGAGGACUUGAGAAUCAUGUCAGUAGCUACAGAUCUCUCGCUCGAUGUGCAGCGCAAUGCCACGGCCUAUGAGGAACAAGACUCCUCCCUCUACAUACCUUUAACAAUGUCUCAGUUUGGUGAUGACGGUGGCAGCUUUGACAGGUCUACAGGGCUGGAGGAAGUUGUUACAAAAGACGAGGAAAAAGAGGAAGAGGAAAGAGACUUCUAUCUCCAAAGCUUUAGACAUCUGGAUUUUGAAGCUGCAUUGAACGUUAACACCAACGCCAACCCCAGCGGAGACUGCCAGGCCUACGUGGAGCUGAACGAGCUGAUGAAGGACCAGCAGAACCAGCAGGGCUUCUGGCAGGAGACGGGCCGAUGGGUGGGCUAUGAGGAGAGCUACGACCCAGAGGCCGGGGGCUGGGGACCCUCGCACAUCUCCUACCUCACCUUCAAGAGCCUCAUCCAGCUGCGCCGCACCAUGAACACAGGUGUGGUGAUGUUAGACCGGGAGGAGCGCAGUCUCUCCGGCAUCGCUGAGAAGAUAGUGGACGAGUUGGUCAACAAGAAAGAGAUCAGGCCCGGCGAUCGGGACGGGGUGCUCCGUUCCCUGCUCCAGAACCGCAGGCAAACUGCAGGAGAUAGCCAACCCUUGAUCGGGGGGACUGAGAUGCAGACCUUUUCUGUCAAAGAGAGGAGAGAUGCAACUGACACUGUAGAGGCCUCUAUGGUGCUUGUUGGAGCUCUGGACUUCCUGGAGAGGCCAACGGUGGCGUUUGUGCGUCUGAAGGAGGCUCUUGUUCUGGAUUCGGCCCUGGAGGCCCCAGUGCCAGUCCGCUUCGUCUUUAUCCUGGUGGGCCCCACCAAGAGUGACAUGGACUACCACGAGACCGGCCGCGCAAUGGCAGCACUCAUGGCCGACAAAGUGUUCAACCAGGCGGUGUUCCAGGCGCAAGGCGAGCGAGAGCUGACGGACGCGGUGGCUGACUUCAUGGACUGCAGCAUUGUGAUCCCUCCCACGGAGAUCCAGGAUGGGGCAAUGCUCCAGUCCAUCAUCGGCUUCCAGAAGAAACUGCUGCAGGAGAGGCUCGGCCCCUCCGGCCCCGUGUUGCGUCUGGACAUGAAUCCACGCAAACUUUCCAAACCAUCUGGGCCUCCUCCUGAGGAUCCUCUGGUCCGUACGGGUCGGCCGUUCGGCGGGAUGAUACGAGAUGCGAAGAGACGCUACCAGCACUAUGUGAGUGACUUCACCGAUGCCCUCAACGCUCAAGUUCUCGCCGCUGUCAUCUUUAUCUACUUCGCCGCCCUGUCCCCUGCCGUCACCUUCGGAGGACUGCUAGCUGAUAAGGUGGACAACAUGAUGGGUGUGUCUGAGCUCCUGGUCUCCACCUGUGUCCAGGGGGUCAUUUUCUGCUGCAUCGCAGCCCAGCCUGUCCUGGUCAUUGGCUUCUCAGGCCCACUGCUCGUGUUUGAGGAGGCCUUCUUUGCCUUCUGUAAGUCUCAGGACAUUGAGUACAUUGUGGGGCGUGUGUGGGUGGGCGUGUGGCUGGUGGUCAUCGUGGUGGUCAUCGUGGCGUUCGAGGGAAGUUUCUUGGUCCGCUUCAUCUCCCGCUUCACCCAGGAGAUCUUCUCCAUCCUCAUCUCCCUCAUCUUCAUCUACGAGACCUUCUCCAAGCUGGGCAGGAUUUUCAAGGCCCACCCAUUGAUCCUGAACUACGACCACCUCAACAACACGGUGGAGGACCCAUGGCACCCAGUGGUGAUGCACAACUACCUGUAUGACAACAGCACGGGCAACACCACCACCACAGUCAACAUCCUGGACCGGGCCUACCCCAACACGGCCCUGCUCUCCAUGUGCCUCAUGUUUGGAUGCUUCUUCAUCGCCUUCUUCCUGCGCCAGUUCAAGAAUGGGACCUUCCUACCUGGAAAGAUCCGGCGCUUGAUUGGGGACUUUGGGGUGCCCAUUGCUAUUUUCUUAAUGUGUGUUGUGGACAUCAACAUAGAGGAUGCCUACACCCAGAAACUGGUGGUGCCCAAGGGUCUGACGGUGUCAAACCCCGCUGCCAGAGGUUGGCUCAUCAACCCGUUUGGCGAACACAAGGCUUUCCCCGUGUGGGUGAUGUUCGCUUGCUGUGUGCCCGCUUGUCUCGUCUUCAUCCUCAUCUUCCUCGAGUCCCAGAUCACCACUCUGAUUGUGAGUAAGCCGGAGAGGAAGAUGGUCAAGGGAUCCGGCUUCCAUCUGGACCUUCUCAUCCUGGUGGGCAUGGGCGGGUUUGGUGCCAUGUUUGGUGUGCCGUGGCUGAGUGCCGCCACCGUGCGUUCGGUUACCCACGCCAACGCCCUCACUGUCAUGAGCAAGGGGCCCAAGCCGGAGAUCGAGAAGGUUGUGGAGCAGAGGGUCAGUGGGAUUCUGGUGGCUCUACUCGUCGGUCUGUCCAUUCUCAUGGAGCCCAUCCUGAAGAUGAUUCCGAUGACGGCUCUGUUCGGGAUCUUCCUCUACAUGGGAAUCACCUCGCUCAACGGGAUCCAGUUGUGGGAUCGCAUUCUGCUCCUGCUCGUCCCCAAGAAAUACCACCCCAACGAGCCCUACGCCACCAGGGUGUCAACGGGCAGGAUGCACCUUUACACAGCCAUCCAGGUGGUGUGUCUGGCAGUGCUGUGGAUCGUCAAGUCCAGCCCCGCCUCCCUGGCCCUGCCCUUUGUUCUCAUCCUCACUAUCCCCCUCCGCAUGGCCAUGACCGGACGCUUCUUCACCGAACUGGAGAUGAAAUGUUUGGACGCUGACGAUGCUAAGGUGACAUUCGAGGAGGAGCCUGGACAGGACAUGUACAAUGAAACUCAGAUGCCAUUGUAGACAUCUGGACCUGCCAUUUUGAUCCAAAAGCCCUUUAUUUUAUUUAUCUGACAUGACUGAAAGUGUUUUAAUAGGGUUCUUGUUUUUGUCUAUUACCGUAUGAACUGACAUAUAUAUUUUUUGGAGUGUUUUUAAACCAUCAUGAAGCCCAAAUAGUAGGCUUUACCUUUGACAUGACCCUUAGAUUUCAAAUAGAAGUAAUUGUCAGUAAAAGAAAAUGAUUUUUAAAGAGUUUAAUAUAUCUGCUGUAUAUUUGCAUAUUUCGUUCAAGUCAAACAUUCCUGCAGCCAUAAAUGUGUGUAUUUAUGCAGCAAACAGCUCUUCCGGCCAUAGUAACACUUUGGCCUAUGAUAGUGUGUUAAUUUCAAAUUGCCAUAUUGACUUUCCACCUUUGUAAGGCUGUUUAACCUUUAAAAAUGUUUUUACUUAGAACUAUUAUCUGCAAAUAUUGUACAAGAAGGCUUUAUUCCAUAUAAGAAUUAUGUUUUGCACUUAUCUGCCCACUAUAAUGGUAUUUUUUAACAGUUGAGCUGAAAAGCAGACAGCUGUAGACUGAGGCCAUAUCAGUGUCAAUAUCUUUCACAUUUUUGAAUUACAAACCUACCAUAUGACUGAAGAAGCUACAUCACUCAAAAGUGCCUUUCAAAUAACUUUUAGGUAUUGUUUUACGUAUUGAUAUAAAGUACCAUGGAGAUGGGGAAUGUUAUUGAUUUAAAUAUUGUAUAACAGAGCUUUGAACAAUAGAGAUCGCGAGCUUGUAGUCCUAAAAUAUUGAAAUGAGUUACCUCUGGUUCGUUUAGCCAUUCCUAUGGGGGAAAUUUAUGGGGAAAGAAUGGGGUUUUGGGAUAAAUGCUGAAAAAAAGUCUGAGGAGAUCUUACACGUUUUGAUCUAUGAGAUAAUAUCAGUCAGUUAACAUGACCUUUAUGAAUUAUGAAGCCUUUAUGUGCUUGUUCUGAUUAC